GUUGUAAAUGUAAUCAUUAUUCGUGCCAAAUUUCAGAUCCGCCGAAAAAAAAAAUUCGCUCCUGUUUUAUUUGAUCUUACGCAUGAACGACUAUAUUGUCUGUUUCUGUUCUCUUGGAAUUUGAAUAUCUGCAAAAAAGAUGAGUGAAUUUACACACACACACACACACACACACACACACACACACACACACCCACACGCUAGCGCGCGCGCGCGCUCAGAUCUCCACGCACGCGCAGGAAAACAAGAUGGCGGGCCGCCUCCGGGACGAGAGGCCGAGUUAAAAAGUGAAAAGUUCCGAGUGAAAAGUUAGUCCAAGGAGCGCUUUGGUCGGGUGCCGACGUGACAUGUCGCCGCCGUCGCUUUGCUCGCUUGGCUUCCCUCCCGCGCUCGUCUCGCGCCGCCGUGGAUGUGACCGAGCGACAAUUUGAUGCUUUUCCACAGCACGCGACGAGAUAUUGGACUCUGCGGCCAGUUAUGAAUUCAUUUCCGCUCGGCUAACCUCGGCCGCCGCUAACCCGGUCAGCGUCGUCGCUGCGGCUCAGGCAAAGCAUGCCGGGAGAAGCGGCGAGUAGGGGAGUAGCCCCUCCCUCCGUCUCCCUCCUCGAGGCGAGCGAGGCUCCCGAUUGGCCGGCGCUGCGCCCAGCUGCCGCUCGUGUCGGACGCGGCGGAGGAGCCGACGGAGGCGACAGCGAUGGGGUCAGAGGGCGGCGGAACAAGAUGGCGGCGGGGGCAUCGUACGACCAGCUGCUGAGGCAGGUGGAGGUUCUGAAGAUGGAGAACUCCAACCUGCGACAGGAGCUGCAAGACAACUCCAACCACCUGACCAAACUGGAGACCGAGGCCUCCAACAUGAAGGAAGUGCUGAAGCAGCUUCAGGGCACCAUAGAAGAAGACUCUGAGGAGGCGUCCGGAUCACAGCUGGAACUCAUCGUGAGACUGAAAGAGAUGAGCCUGGACCCUGCCGCGUUUAAGGCCAGGCAGCGGCCCCCGGCGCCGCCCUCCUCCUCGUCCGGCGGAGCGGCCGGAGGUUCUUCCGGCGCGUCGGCGUCCCGGCGAGGCCCGCCGUCCGUGUCCAGAGACGGCCACGAGCGCUGUCUGGACGAGCUGGAGAAGGAGAGAGCUCUCCUAUUGGCCGAGCUGGAGAAGGAGGAAAAGGAGAAAGGCUGGUACUACGCCCAACUUCUCAAUCUGACCAAGAGGAUCGACAGUCUGCCUCUCAGCGAAAAUUUCACGCUGCAGACGGACAUGAGUCGUCGUCAGCUGGAGUUUGAGGCCCGUCAGAUCCACGCCGCCAUGGAGCAGCAGCUGGGUUCCCGUCAGGAAAUGGAGAAGCGAGCCGAGGCCCGCACGUCUCGUAUUCAUCACAUCGAGAAGGAAAUCGUCACGCUGGGAGCUCGACUGCAGGUGGAAGCGUCUCAGGGUUCCAACGAGAGCAGCGGCGCUCUGGCGCCGUCCCAGAAUCCCCCCCCUCGAUUGGACCAGGAGCCGGCCACCGAGACCGCCUACUCUGUGCCUCGACGAGUCACCAGCCACCUUGGAACAAAGGUGGAGAUGGUGUACAGCCUUCUGUCCAUGCUGGGCACCCACGACAAGGACGACAUGUCGCGCACGCUGCUCGCCAUGUCCAGCUCGCAGGACUCGUGCAUCGCCAUGCGCCAGUCGGGCUGCCUGCCGCUUCUCAUCCAGCUGCUGCACGGCAACGACAAGGACUCGCUGUUGCUAGGUAACUCCCGCGGCAGCAAGGAGGCUCGCGCCCGCGCCUCGGCCGCGCUGCACAACAUCGUGCACAGUCAGCCCGACGACAAACGGGGGCGGCGGGAGAUCCGGGUGCUCCACCUGCUGGAGCAGGUGCGGCAUUACUGCGAGGACUGUUGGAGCUGGCAGGAGAACCACGAGAGGGGCGUGGACCAGGAGGACAAUCCCAGUGAGUGGACGUCGCCUCGGCCCCGUCGGCGGGCGUACGGCUCGGUCUCAUCCGGGUCCGCGUGCGGGUGUUUCCGUGUGGCAGUGCCCUCGCCGGUCGACCAUCAGAUCUGUCCCGCCGUCUGCGUGCUGAUGAAGCUUUCCUUCGACGAGGAACACCGCCACGCCAUGAACGAGCUCGGUGGUCUGCAGGCGGUGGCGGAGCUGCUUCAAGUAGACUGUGAGAUGUUGGGACUGAGCGGCGACCACUACAGCGUCACGCUGCGCCGAUACGCCGGCAUGGCGCUCACCAACCUGACGUUCGGAGACGUGGCCAACAAGGCCACGCUGUGUUCCAUGAAGGGCUGCAUGCGCGCCAUGGUCACCCAACUCAAGUCUGAAAGCGAAGACCUGCAACAGGUGAUCGCCAGCGUAUUGAGGAACUUGUCGUGGCGAGCGGACGUCAACAGCAAGAAGACGCUGCGGGAGGUGGGCAGCGUGCGGGCGCUCAUGGGAUGUGCCCUGGACGUCCAGAAGGAAUCCACGCUGAAAUCUGUACUGAGCGCGCUCUGGAACCUGUCGGCGCACUGCACGGAGAACAAGGCCGACAUCUGCUCGGUGGACGGGGCGCUGGCCUUCCUGGUCGGGACGCUGACGCAUCGCAGCCACACAAACACGUUGGCCAUCAUCGAAAGCGGCGGGGGCAUCCUGAGGAACGUCUCCAGCCUCAUCGCCACCAACGAGGCGUACAGACACGUCCUGCGGGAGCGCAGCUGCUUGCCCACCCUGCUGCAGCACCUCAAGUCUCACAGCCUGACCAUCGUGUCCAACGCCUGCGGAACCCUCUGGAACCUGUCGGCGCGCGACGCCAAGGAUCAGGAGGCCUUGUGGGAACUGGGCGCCGUGGGAAUGCUGCGGAACCUCAUCCAUUCCCGUCACAAAAUGAUCGCCAUGGGCAGCGCCGCCGCCCUGCGGAACCUGAUGGCCAACCGGCCGGCUCGCUACAAGGACGCCAGCGUGGUUUCGCCCGGGGCGGGGGCCCCCUCGCUGCACGCCCGCAAACAGAAAGCGCUAUUCAAGGAGUUAGACGCCCAACAGUUGUCGGAGACCUUCGACAACAUCGACAAUCUGAGCCCCAAGGCGGCGCACAGGAAGGGGAGGAGCUGCAACGGCGGCGGCGGGGGAGCGGCCAACGCCGCCCGCUCCUACGCCAACACGCCGGUUCUGUCCAGUCCCAAAAACGCAGACGGGUCCAAGCGAAGCGCCGACGACGCGGCGUACACCCGGCCCGUUUUCGGCGCCAGCGUGCGAGCGUCCAGCGACAGUCUCAACAGCGUCACCAGCGUCGACGGCUACGGGAACCGUGGCAAAACUAAACCGUCAUCGGAACCGCUCUACUCCUCAGACGACAGCGGCGCCAACAGAUGCUGCGUCUACAGGAAGUACCCGGCUGACCUGGCGCACAAGAUUCGCAGCGUCAACCACAUGGCGGAUGACGACGGCGCCGAGGUGGACACGCCCAUAAACUACAGCCUCAAGUACUCGGACGAGCAGCUGAAUUCUGGGAGACAGAGUCCGAGCCACCGUGGCAGGACCGAGACCGACAACGAAGACGAGCAGGCCGACGGUCUGCGGAUGAGGAGCGACGGCGCCGCCUCCGCGACGGCCAACGGCCGCGUGCCGCCCCCGCCGGCUUCUUGCUACGUCGUCGCGCCGGCGUCCAACUACGGCGGCGACGCGGUCCCCGAGCAGCCCAUCGACUACAGCCUGAAAUACGGCGAGAUUUCACGGAAGCCUCUCUUCGAGGUGGAAGACUCGGCGGAAAACGCCCUCCCUCCGCCCCCGGCGGGCAAGCCCCACCCGCCUCACCUCCCACCCAAGGGUCAGCAGGAGUCGACGCAGACCUACUGCGUGGAGGACACGCCCAUCUGCUUCUCUGGAGGAAGCUCGCUGUCGUCGCUGUCGCCCGAGGAAGAGGAGGAGGACGCCAACGUGGUGGCGAGGAAGAGGCAGGGCGCCGAGGACGAGCAGCAGCAGCAGCGGCGGCGGCGGCGGCGGCAGCACAAGGCGGUGGAAAGCCAGACGGCCGCGGCCAACGCCCCUGCCGUACGAGGACGUCGCGGCCAAGCCCACGCCCACCACCACCACCACCACCACCACCACCACCAUCAAGCGGCGGCGGGCGCCGGGACCCCGAAGAGCCCGCCGGAGCAGCCGUACGCUCAGGAGACGCCGCUGAUGUUCAGCCGCUGCACGUCUGUAAGCUCCCUGGAUAGCUUCUCCACGUCCUCCAUCGCCAGCUCGGUGCGCUCCAGUGAGCCGUGCAGCGGGAUGCCGAGCGGCGUGAUCAGCCCCAGCGACCUGCCCGACAGCCCCGGCCAGACCAUGCCCCCGAGCCGCGCCAAGACACCCCCGCCGGAGGCGCUGCCGCCGCCUCCCGCCGACAGCGCCGAGGAAGAGAAGGCGGUCAAGAAGGAGGUGGACGAGAUCGGCGGAGACGUCCUGCUGCACUUCGCCACAGAGAGCACGCCGCACGGCUUCUCCUACGCCUCCAGUUUAAGCGCGCUCAGCCUGGACGAGCCCUUCAUCACGGCGGAAAUGAAGAUGGAGGACGGCGGCGGCGGCGGCGGCGACGAGGUCCGCGAGGAGGGCGGGCCGUCGCGACAGAUGCUGCAGGAGUCAGACGACGACGACGACGACGACGACGAUACUCAGAUCUUGGAAGCGUGCAUCAUCAUGGCCAUGCCCAAGUCGUCACGGAAACCAAAGAAGCAACAGCAGCAACAACCAGGCAAAGCCAGCCAGCUUCCUGUCUACAAGCUCCUCCCCCCACAGAGGAAGGAGUCGCUGAUGACGGAGGAGGUUCCGCGUGUCUACUGCGUGGAGGGGACUCCGCUCAACUUUUCAACCGCCACGUCGCUCAGCGACCUCACCAUCGACUCUCCGCCCAACGAGGAGGCCCCUGCCGCCGCCGCCGCGCCCGCGUCCCCCCUGGCGCGUCGCACCGGACCUCCAGAGGGCGAGAACGGUGACGACAUCCUGGCCGAGUGCAUCAGUGCCGCCAUGCCCAAAGCGAAACCCAAGAAGCCCAUCAGAGCGUCCUCCGGCGGUGAGCUAGUCCAACCCCCCCCUCCUCCGGCCCCGCCCCUUCUAACUCCCCAGCAGCACAAGAAGCCCCCCGGUCCGGCCGGACGCCCCCUGUCCGCCGCGCCGCUGAAGCCCACGUCGCCGGUGAAGCCCACCCAGCGCGCCGCGUCGGCCAAGGUCAAGCCGGGCUUCACCUUCGACACGCCGCACCACUACACGCCGAUCGAGGGCACGCCGUGCUGCUUCUCCCGCAACGACUCGCUCAGCUCGCUCGACUUCGACGACGACGACGACAAGGACGAGGACGGCAAACGCGACGAAGACGGGAAGCGGCACGAGCGGGACAAAAAAGCGGCGCCCGUCGCAAACCCUCCUGCCAUGGACGAGAAGCAAAAGUUCGCCAUUGAGGACACGCCCGUCUGCUUCUCCAGGAACUCCUCCCUCAGUUCUUUGAGUGACAUCGACCAGGAAAACAACAACAACGAGUUCGCCGCCGCCCCCCCGCGGCGGCGAGAGCGAUCCGAUGACGGCGACCGGCCCGCGCCGCUUCCUCCGACGCGGGCGGACGCCAAAGCGCGCCUGUGCAGCUACGCGCCCAAAGCCUUCCACGUCGAGGACACGCCCGUCUGCUUCUCCAGGAACUCGUCGCUCAGCUCGCUCAGCAUCGACUCCGAAGACGACCUCCUGCAGGAAUGCAUCAGCUCCGCCAUGCCCAAGAAGAAGAAAAAGAACGCCGGCGUGGCCCUUCCCGCCGCCGCCGCGUCGCCGCGCCCCGCGCCCAAAGACGAGGACGGGAUUCUAGCCGAAGAGGAGCCUUCGGAGGCCCCGCGAAGUCCCGCCUCCCCCGACUCGGAAUCCUUCGAUUGGAAGGCCAUUCAAGAAGGCGCCAACUCCAUUGUCAGCAGCCUCAACGCCGCCGCCGCCUCGUCGCUCUCCCGCCAAGGGUCGUCAGACUCGGACUCUGUGCUGUCCCUCAAAUCCGUGGGCUCGCCGUUCCGCCUGCAGCCGCCUACCGGUAACGCUCCCGAGGAGACGGCGGGCUCCAAGCGAGGCGGCGCCAAGGUGGUCAAACCGUCUGCGGGUGACAAAAAGAAGGACGGAGAUGAGGAGGGGGAGGAGCUGAAGGUGGUGAAGGGCAGGAAGAAGGUCUACCGGAGUCUGAUCACAGGCAAGCCCAGGGCGGAGCUCGCCGCCAGGGGGCGGAGCAAACCCAGAGCGGCCGCCGCGGCAAAAGCGCCGGGAAGCGGCGGCGGCUCGUCGCGCGAUUCCACGCCGUCGCGCUCCUCUCAUAAAGGAGGGAGACCCUCGCAGUUGCCGCGGACGGUGUCGCCGGGUAAGACGGCGGCCAACCGCAAAACGGCCGCGGCCAACGUCCCAAAGCAGGAGAAAGCGGAACCUGAAAAGCCCGCACUUGUGCGCCAGUCCACUUUCAUCAAGGAGGCGCCCAGUCCCACGCUCAAGAGGAAGCUGGAAGAGUCCACCACAGCUCCCUGUCCGCCGGACGGCGCAACCUCCAGGAGGCAAGACAGCGUCCGCUCACAAUCCGAGAGCCCGUCGCGCCCUCAAGACGCCGCCGCCGCGCCUUCGCGCUUGAGUCGCACGGGAACCUGGAAGCGCGAGAGCAAACAUUCCAGCUCGUUGCCUCGCGUGGGAACCUGGAAGCGAACCGGAAGCUCCUCCUCGGUCCUCUCGGCCUCUUCGGAGUCCAGCGAGAAGGGGCGGAGCGAGGAGGAAGCCGGCGUUCGUUCCAAAGGAACGUGGCGGCGAGCCAAAAGCGCCGGCGUGGGAGACUCCUUCCGCGCUGAGGAAGUCUGGGUGCGUCUGGAGGAUUGCCCCGUCAACAACCCGCGCUCGUCGUCGUCGUCGCGCUCGCCCAACGCGCCGCCGGUCAUCCCCGUCCCCGCCCCCUCCAAAAUCCCCUCCUCCUCCUCCUCCUCGUCCUCGUCCUCCAACCUCAACCUCAACCUACGGCGCAGCUGCGACACCUUGGAUGAGAAACCGCCGCCGCCCCAUCGCCUUCAACAGCGUAGCGGUGCCGUCGCCGCCAGGGUCAGCCCCUUCAACUACACGCCCAGUCCCAGGAAGAGCAACCCCGACUGCACCGCCUCGGCCGUCGUCGUCGCCGCCGCCGCCGCCGCGACAUCCGCGCGGCCCUCGCUCAUUCCUACCCCCGUCACGAAGAAGCGGGAGCCCAAAGGCGGCGAAGGAGGAGGAGGAGGAGGAGGAGGAGGAGGCGGCGGCGGGGGCGGCGAGCGCAGCUCUUACAUCGUCACGUCUGUGUAAAAGACGGUCUAUUUAAGCCCCGCCCCGGACUCGGCCAACAGUCGGGCCGCAAUCUUUGGUUUUCUACCACUAACGAUGUGUAGCGCUUAGCCGGUCUUCCCCGCAUGGUUUAACCCCCCCCCCCCCCCCCCCCCGUCCAAGGAGACGCCGUUGAGCGAUUCCGCUCGUGUGGACGUUGUUGAUGUUUUCACUGACAAACACUGUAAGUCAUAACUUAUUAAUUUAAAUGUUUUUGGCAACAUACGCAAAGAAUAAAAGUCAACGUUUUAGCUCA